UUUAAAAAUAGUUAGUAGUUGAAAUUAGUUGUAGCAACAGAGUGUUGGAAGAGUUUCCGAUUCUAUUGACUGAAGAUAUAAUAUAGAAACUGACAUAACCAACGGAAGGACAGUUCAUGGAAUGGACACUUAAAUGACAAUUGUUAAUAAAAUUGAAUUUUAUAAAACAGUAGAAUGGUAAGUUUGAACAAUUUUAGUUUAUAGCGACUACUCGUGAAAGCCAAUGCCAAGGUGGUAGACUGAAAUAUUUUUUCAAAUAAACUUCCCCGUUAAAUUAACGGUUCUGAAUUUAUGAUGGUUUGAACCGUUAAAUUAUUAAUUAAGACACGGUAGAGUCACUCGACACAGCUUAACUCACGGCUAUACCUGGUUUGAUAUGUAAUUGGCCCAGUUGAGGACUUAAUGUUGUGCCACUGGAGUUCUUGGCGAGUUAUAAUUUUUAUUAAUUUUAAGAAUCCUCAUUACCACCACUUCCACUCGACAAAGAUCAAAAAUCAAAAUCUUACGAUUAAAUCAUAACACUUAUUUAAUUUAUAGCAGUAAAUAACAGUUAUGAUUUUUUAUUUAAUAACAUAUAUCGCGAUUCAUAAAAACUCACUGUGAAAAACAUUUGGAUAGAAAAUUUAAUCUUUAUGAGCAUCAUUAAAAUUACAAUUAAUCAAAAUAGAUAAAACAAAAUAGGGAACUAAAGUUCCUGAGGCUAUAAAAAUCAAUUAAGUUUAUAAAAUUCUAUCAAUUAGUGUCGAAAUAAAGAACAGCUAUGAUUAGUAAGUUAUUUUUAUGCUGUUUCAGUAGUUAUUUCUGCCUCUAAGUAGUUUAUUCUUUCAAUUAACUGAAGUAGAAGAAAAAAGAAUGGAAUAUAUUUCAUACAUUUUUCUACUCAAAAUUUGUUUUUCAAUUAUAUUUCGGCUAGAUUCGUACGUACUACCUGGCAGUAUAGGUCAGCUUGAAGUAUUUGAUCAUAUAAGCGAAUUUGGAAAAAACCAAACGACAAACAAACAACGUAGAUCUCAUGCGGUAAACAAAAAGGAUAGACUUUGGGAUGGAGGUAUUAUUCCGUAUGAAAUCGAUAAAGUUUUCACUCUUGCACAGUAUCAAUUGAUAAAGCAAGCUAUGCAGCUCUGGGAGAGAUCGACGUGUAUUCAAUUUGUGCCAAGAAUCAAAGGCGUGCAUAAAGAUUAUACAAUUAUCACUAAAGAAUACUGCGGAUGUUGUUCGGUUGUAGGCAAAAACUCUGACGAAAAGCAGUUUAUUAGUUUGCACGAUAAUUGUAUGGAUCGUUAUACUCUUCUUCAUGAGCUGGGACAUACAAUUGGACUAUAUCAUGAGCACAUGCGUUCGGAUCGUGAUGAAUAUGUGAACAUUUUUAGAGCUAAUAUUGCGUCAGGUACAUAUCGCGUUACUGAUGCCAUAAGGGCGUAUCCCGAAAAAAAUACCCUUGAAAAGGCAUAA